UGGGAGGGACUGUGGGUGAGGGUAACUUGGAUCCAAGACCCACUGGAGAAACAACUGAUUUAGAGAAGCAAAGCAGAAAGUUCUAGAGCUAAACUUCUUAACAGGGUUAAAACCUUCACAGAAAACAAAAGGAAAAGGAUAAAUUCAUCCAUAUAGGGACUGAAGAGCAGCUUUCAGCACAGCCAGACUGUUGGAAAGUGUGUCCUGCUUGCUUUAAGAAGUCCUAGAAGACUCUCAUUUGAAUGAGACGGGAAUACAGGAAAAGCUCUUGUUAUUGCAACAGGGCAUUUUAGACAUUUUAUAAGCAGAAAUAUUAAAGACGUCACUGCAGCUGCAAACUUUAGGAGCUGAGAUACUGAGAGAAAUCAUGUCUAGCAGAGGGAUUCCUCUCCUUAUCUUGUCUAUGUGUCUGAUUGUGGGCUCAGUCCAGAGUCAGAGUUCCUCUCAGGACAACUUCAUUAUCCAGUACCUGGAGAGAAGACUGACUCAGAUAGAGGAGCGUCUGAAUCAGUGUGAGCAAAACACGGUGAGCAUCACCCAGAAAAACUAUGACCUCUCCUCUGAAGUCAGGGGUUAUCUGUCCACACUCACUGUUCUCAGAUCAGAGGUGAAGAGUCAGGUGGACAGUGUGUCUGCACGAGUGGACCGUGUGGAGAGAGAGCUGGAAUAUCUGGAAAACAACAUUCCCAAUCAGUCCGAUAUUGAGAUGGAAGAAGCACUGCUGGAACAACAGAUAAAGGCUGCAGAGCUGGAGCAGCUGAAAAAGAAGGCUUCAGUCAGAAUGGAGAAUGACUGUAGCACAGCUCUGAGCCAGAUCAAAUCUCUCAAGAUUGUAAAGAAGGCAGGAGACAUCUAUGGAUCCUGGUUCAAGGACCCGUCUGAAGGUUCAGCCAAGGUCUACCUGCUCAGUGGAAUUCGCAACAACACAGUGUUGGAGUAUGUGUCUCUGGAAAGCUUCAAAGAGAAAACUUCUACAUCUCCCACAAAAGAGCUGCAGCUGCCUUUCCACUGGCAGGGCACGGGUCAUGUGGUUUACAACGGAUUCCUCUACUACCACAGAGCAGAUACACCCAACCAGAUACUGAAGGCCGAUUUGCUGAAUGGCACGGUGGUAGACAGCACACUCCUUCCAGGAGCAGGUCGUCUUCCGGUCUACAGCCUCAAUCCUAACACCUACCUGGACAUGGCUGUUGAUGAACUCGGCCUUUGGGUUAUCCACGCUGAUCCAGAGUAUGGAGGAAACCUGGUCCUCACUAAACUGGAUAGAGGAACUCUGGCAGUAGAGUUCACCUGGGAUACGCAGUGUAGAAGCCGUGAUGCUGAAGGAGCCUUCUUGAUCUGUGGGACCCUUUAUGUGGUCUACAACACACGCUAUGGAGGACGCUCCACUAUACAGUGUCUGUAUGACAUCCAUGACACCAUCCACAGCAGUGAGAGUCCUGUGAUGUUCUUCCCAAAACGCUACACCAGUCACAGCAGCAUCCAUUAUCACCCUGGAGAGAAACAGCUGUAUGCCUGGGACGAUGGCUACCAGACAAUAUACCAAGUGGAAACACGCAGAAAUGACCAGAUCAUUGCUCAGUAAUGCUCAUAGCUCUAACUUUCAUCCUAUGUCAAAACCUGCAUUAUAAUUUGAAGUAAUCCAUGUGGUACAACUCAGUUUUGUUUGCUACAGUGGUCCUUUGCUGGCAACGGAUGCUGCAUUUGUUAUUGCAAAUGAUCAGUGGAAAAACAGAACAAAGAGACAUUUUAUGCAUUUUGUAAACUUUAUAAUAAUCCAAUAAAGAUCAUUUAAGUUUG